AUGCGCUUUGACGGUCACAACAUUCACAUCAUUGAGUCAGGUCAAGAUGUAGCAUUUGAGGACACUGCGCCGCCACGCGAAAAGAUGAAGCGCAGUGGCGACAGCCUUUGGCGAGUUUUGAGCGAGAGGAACAUUAAUAUGAUUGCAUUCUCAGGCUCCAUUGGCAAUGGUCUCUUUCUUGGAAGUGGAAUUUCCAUAGCUAGCGCAGGCCCGGGCGGCGCUGUCUUGAGCUAUCUCAUCGUCGGCACAGUCAUCGCCUCCAUCAUCUCCUGCCUUGGGGAGAUGACAGCCCUGAUGCCUGUCAACGCCCCAAUGAUGGAAUUUCCCCGCCGUUUUCUGGAUCGUGGAGUUGGCUUCGCAGUUGGUUGGGUAUACUGCCAAGUUGUGGCAUUUGCAAAUGCAGUGAAAUUUAGUUACGAUGACACUCCCUUUGGUGGGAAAACAAUCAUACGUUGGAAUAUUGGCGAGAAUGUCGACAGCGCCGUUUGGAUCAGCAUCUGCCUUGUGGUCAUUGUCGUCAUCAACUUCUUUCCCGUCAUUAUAUACGGCGAGCUCGAGUACAUCUUUGGGUGUAUCAAGUUGUCACUCAUCGUUCUGUUGAUAAUGACCAUGCUGGUGUUUGAUGUGAUGAAGCCUCUACCUGAAGCGUAUUACACGGAGCCACUCGGCACUCAGUACUGGGACAAGCCCUACGGCUUCUUCAAUGACGUGUAUCAUGUCACAGACGACGCUGGCAAUGUGCAGCGGCAGAUCACAGGCUCCAUCGGCUCCCUCCUUGGCGUGUGGACCACCUUCAUCAACGUCAUGUUCUCCUACAUUGGCAUGGAUAUCGUCGCCGCCACCGCCGCCGAGAGCCGCGCCCUCGCCGACUCGGAGAGCAUGAAGAUGGCGGCACGCAAGAUCAACAUCCGCAUUCUUACCCUCUACGCACUCGCCGUCCUCACCGCGUCCUUUGUCGUCCCCUACAACCAUGCCUUUAUCAACGGCGCUGGUACUUCCGUCAGCUCGCGCUCCGUCUUUGUCAUUGCCGCUAUCGAGGCGGGUGUGCCGGCGCUGGCCCAGUUUUUUAAUGCCAUGUUUGUCUUGUCCGCGUUUACCUGCGCCAUCAACUCGCUCUACGUGGCGUCCCGCGUGCUGCAUACGCUGGCGCUCCGCGGCCAGACGGGGCCCGAGUUCAUCACCAGACGGCUGCGCGCGUGCCGCUCUGGCGUGCCGAUCCGAGCCGUGGUGGCAACGGCCAUGCUGAUGCUCAUAGCCUACAUGGGUCGAUCCGGCUCUCCUGGUUCUCGCCUCGAUGAGCUAUCCGUCAAUUGCACCGUCUCCUGCCUGAUUGUAUACGCCACCAUCUGCGCCACCUACAUGCGCUUUUACAAUACGUUAGAAGUCGCCAAGAUGAGCGAAGACACGUCCGCCGCGCAAGCAGCCAGCUACGACCGAGACAGCCCGCUGUACCCGUACAAGUCCCACGGUCAGUGGCUCAAGGCGUUUUACGGACUUGUCGGCAGCUGCAUUCUCCUUUUGUUCAACGGGGUGCCGGCGUUUCUCGAGAAGCCAUUCAAUGUGCGCAAGUUUGUCUCGGCGUACGUCGGUAUCCCCGUGUACAUCCUACUCGUCGUGGGGUACAAAUUCCGGAAGCACGGGUUCCGCAUCUCGCAGUGGGGUCCGGAACGAUCUGACGACCUGAGCAACACGGUGCAGGCGGCAAGCGAGAAGCGCCGCGGACGGCUCAAUUUGCCCGACUGGGGAUUUACGAGGGCCAACGUGGAAGCGCUUGGGCACUGGCUGUGGGUUUGGAUCAAGUAA